AUGACAUCAGGGCAGGAGAGCGAGGACAGCAGUGACAAGGAGGAGAAAGCCACCACAAACAGAAAGAAAAGGAGUUUUAAAAAGAGAUGUGGAAAGAGACUUGGUGCUGGUGGAACUGGCACCGAGCUGGGGGCUGUGAGGGCAAUCACAGAGCAAGGUGCUGAAGGCUCUUUACAGAAACAAAACUUGGCAGAAAAGGCACAGAACCCCAGGGGAAGGCACAGAGGGAAUCAGGACUUCAAGGAGCAGAAAUCAGUCUCUCAAUCCCAAGGCAGUACAGCGCAGGAAAAAGGUGAGAGGACUGGGAAAAAGCAACCUGAAAAUCUUACCAGGAUUGCCAUCACUGAGAGUGAGGAUGAAAAUAUUCUGGAAACCUCAGGUCACUCCUGCUCUGACUCCAGCAGUGAAGGCCGUGGAACCCACAGAAAGGGUCCAAAGGAGGCUGUGGUGGGCAGCAGUUCCUGCAGUGAGGAGAGGAGCAGCUCCUCUGAGCAGGGGAGCAGCUCUUCUGAGUUAGAUGGCAACAGUGAGAAAGAAGCUGUGCUCCAAGAUCCUCCUGUGGGAGAAGGAAAAGGCUACAAGGAACUGGCUGAUGAAAGCAAGGAAGCAUCUAUGGAACCUGAAAAGGAGCAGAUGACCACAGGUGCAAAAACUGAAUCUGAGGCUGGAGGCACUGGAUUUGCAGGAUUGGAAGCAGAGGAGAUGAGGAAGCCAGGCAAGAUGCUGAGACAACCAGAAUGUGCUCCAGCAGAGAGCAGUGAGGCAGAUGAUCAGUUAAGCACUUCAGGACUCCAAGUUGAGAGUGUUAAGAACAGGGAAAGUAUUGAAAUAGACAAGGAAAAUAUACUAGAAAAUGAGAGAGUUGAAGAUGUGUCAGAGGAUGGACACAUGAAUCCUGACAGCAGCACUGCAGAGAACAUUGAUGAAGUAAAAGAAAACAAACCAGAACCACUCCCAGCUGCUGGGAAAGCAAAACUCCACAUUCACCUUAGCAAAUAUGAACAGGAAGAGAGGGUGAAUGAUGAAGGCAGAGAGCUGGAGGAUGGCUCUUCCCUCUCCAAGCAGCAGAGGACGUUGAAGGAGAAACCUGGGAGGCGUGAGAUCCCAGAACAAGGUGAAGAGGGUGGAGAUGGACAGAGGGACAGUUCAGACUGCAGCACGCAGGACCUACGAGCACUGAUGCUUACAAAGAAAUGUUCUUCUCAAUCCCAAAUCCCCCUCAGUCUGGAAAACCAACAUAAAAAUGCUGAGACCAAACUGUCACCAAGCCAGAAGCCAAAUCCUGCCCAGAUGGCUUUGGGAACCAGCUCAGGCCUGAACAAUGUUGAAAGCAUCUGUUCAAAAGCCAUAGAAACUCCCAGUAAACAAAGAGAACCCAACACAGCUCAGAGUUUUGAAGAGAAAAGAUUAAAUACUUCAAGCUGCUCCACGAUUACAAAAAAAUCACCUGAUAAGCAACUCCAUGGAAAGAAGAAGAAAGUUGGAAAAGUUAUUGGAAAAGUUAACCAGAGUUCAGGGCAGUCUACAAAGGCAAAAAAAGAGAAAGCAGAAGAAGUGAUUGCAGAGGCACCUUCUGAAACAGAGCCUGCGCACAGUGAGGAAGGAUCCAAGCACCUGCACACCCGCUCUGCCUUUCGAAAAGUCACCAGCUGGCUUGGCCAGAAACCUGCCAGGAAAGCAAGGCUGAAAGCUCGACUGCUGAGUGUGGCACGAGCAAUUGGUAUCUCCAGGUGGCUCUUGAAGAAAUUUGGGAAGAAGAAGAGGAGCAGCAAACCUUUUGGAUUCAAAAGUAGAAUGGCAAUCCGGAUUCUGAGCACUGCUGGGUGGGUUGGUCAGUCUGGCAAAGCCUUCCCUGGGCAGCUAGAGAGGGCUGAGCCGAGGGACAGAGAACCUUCUGCUUCAUUAAUGGAGGGGAGAGGUGGUCCCAAAAUGGUGGAGGAAGUGGGACACAUUGAUUUGCCUGCUGGUGAUUCCCCUCUUCAUGGAACCAGUUCCUUUCCGUGCUCAGAUGAGAAGAGCAGUGCUAUUGAUGCCAAGUUUGCUGUAGUGUUCCCCAGAGCCCACAGCUUGGUUAAGGCCAAGAGCUCCUUGUCCAGGGGUUCUGGCAAUGGUUAUUCCCUACAGAAACUGAAAUCUCCAUCAGAGAGAAAAUCUGUCCCUCCUGUGCCACAGGCUUGCAGAUUCAAAUGUGACCUUCCCAGAGCUCUGAUGGAUCCAAGCCCCAGAAGCAGCAAGCAGGGCUUCCUUCCACACCGAGAGGAGGAGCCAAUCCCCACCUCAGAUCAUCGCAGUGAGGUGGACACCAAGGAGGGCCCAGGUGUCCUCCAGACUGCAGGAUCCAUGGUCACAUCCAGUGUGCACUGGUCCCAGCAGCAGGGGCAGGGAUGGGACCCUGCAGCGUGGCUGAGCUCUGGGCUGCUGCUGCCACGGCCAACCAUGGAGAACCUGAGCAAAUGGGCCACCUCCAAGGAGCCCCAGCUGGCCAGCAGCCGUGGGAGGCUCUGCAAGGACCUGUGGGAGGCAGAUGACAUUGCUGACAGCGUGCUGGAGAUGGAGUUCAUGCAGAAACAGGCGUUCAUGUGUGAAGAGCACUGUGCAGAAGUUGAGGAGAUUGAAGAUCUGACCAGACUGGAGGAAGUCUCUGAGAGCUCAGUCCUGCUGUGCCUGAAGAAGAGGUUCCAUUGCAAUCUCAUUUAUACUUACAUUGGGGAAAUUUUGAUUUCUGUGAAUCCUUUCAAAGACCUCAGUAUCUACUCUGAAGAUGUGGCUAUUGAGUACCAGCAAGGGACUCUCUCAAAAAGCGCCCCACACAUCUUUGCCAUAGCAGAGAUGGCCUACACGCUGUCCCAGUCGUCAGGGCAGGAGCAGUGUGUCCUCAUCACCUCUUGCUCCUGCAGUGGGCACAGUGGAUCAGGUAAAACAGAAGCUGCCAAAGCCAUUGUGCAAUACCUGACCAUGCUGUACCAGGGAUCUGACAGCCACAGGAUCAGACAGCCCUGCAAUGUCCUUCCCAUCCUGGAGAGUUUUGGAAAUGCAAGAACCAUCCUCAAUGACAACUCCAGCCGUUUUGGAAAGCUGCUGAGUGUCCACCUGCGACAUGGCAUUGUGGUGGGAACAUCCAUCUCCCAGUACCUGCUGGAGAAGUCUCGUGUGGUGUUUCAGGCCCACGGUGAGAGGAACUACCAUGUGUUCUACGAGCUGCUGGCAGGGCUGCCCGUGGAGCAGAAAGAGGAGAUGUACCUGCAGGAGGCUGAGUCCUACUUCUACCUGAACCAGGGCAGAGCAUGUGAAGUCCUGGGGAAGGAGGACAGUCAGGAUUUUCUGGCCUUGGUGCAAGCUCUGGAGGGAAUAGGCCUCUCAGAGGAUCAGCUGAGCUCCACCUGGGCUGUCCUGGCUGCCAUCCUGCAGCUGGGGAACAUCUGCUUUACCUCCUAUGAGAAAGACUCCUUUGAACAUGCAGCCAUCGCCAGCGGGGCCGAGAUUCAGAUUGUGGCCAGUCUGUUGUGUGUGUCAGCAGAGCUGCUGCAGAGAGCUGUCACCCACCGUGUCACUGUUACAUCUUAUGAUCGGAUCUUCACCCCUCUGUCUGUAGAAGGAGCCAUUGAUGCCAGGGACUCCAUUGCCAAGGCUCUGUACUACCUGCUCUUUGAGUGGCUGCUGCUGAGGAUCAAUGAGUGGUUGGCUCCCUGGGAGUCUGACUGUGCCGUGGGCAUUGUGGACCUCCAUGGCUUUGAGGAUCUGGGGGUGAACAGCUUAGAGCAGCUCUGUAUCAACUUUGCCAAUGAGCACCUCCAGAGGUUCUUCAGCCAGACUGUCAUUGCCCAGGAAGAGGAGGAAUACAGCCAGGAGCAGUUAGCUUGGAUUCCUAUUUCCAAGACGUGCAGUGAGUCGUGCCUGGAUUUCCUUACUGCAAAGCCCCACGGCCUCCUGUGCAUCCUGGAUGACCAGACAUCCCUGACUCAGGCCACAGACCACACUUUCCUCCAGAAGUGUCAUUACCACCAUGCAAACAGCCCUUGGUACAGCAAGCCCAAGCUGCCUUUGCCGGAGUUCACUGUGCAGCACUAUGCUGGCCCUGUCACCUACCAGGUGCACAAGUUUCUCAAUAAAAACCGUGACCAGCUGCGGCCAGAGGUGCUGGAUAUCUUCUCCCAGAGCCGCCUCAAGGUGGUGUCUGAGAUUUUCCAGAGGGCUAAAGCUGCCUAUGGUCAGCGAAGGGAGCUGAGGGGCAGAGGCCUCAGGCCUCAGGCCUCCACAUUGGUGUCCAAAUUCCAGCAGUCUUUGCAGGAGCUCACAGCCAAGCUGAGAGGGAGCCAUGCCUUCUUCAUCCGCUGCAUCACCCCUAACCCCAGGAAGCUGUCAAAUGUCUUUGAUGUGGAAUAUGUCAACUGUCAGCUGCGACAUUCUGGGAUACUGGAGGCCAUCCACAUCCUGAAGGAGGGGUUCCCAGUCCAUCUACCAUUCCAGAGCUUCCUGGCUAGGUACAGGGGUGCCCUGGCUUGGGAUCCCCCAGCCCUGGAGGAUUUGUUCUCUGAGGACUCCAUGUCCAGCCCUGGUUUUUGUCACACCCUCUCCUCCUGUGCAGAUCUCUACCAGAUUGGGGUGACAAAGAGGAAAUUCCGCCGCCUCCUCCAGCGCCGGCGCUUCCGCCUGCUCCAGGAGAAAGUCACACUGAUCCAGGCUCACUUCCGAGGCUACCAGGCCAGGAAGCGUUACAGGAGGCUGAAGAAGACUUUGGUGCAAUUUAAAACCGUGAUUGUGAUCUCCAGACCUUUGAUUCAGUGGAGGAAGCGCUGCCAGGACGUGGGGCUGCUGGAGAUCCCUGCAGAGCUCGCAGCCCUCCUGCACUUUGUUGAAGGCCGACACCAAGCACAGGCCAACCAGAUAACUGAGACACAGCCCCCAGAAGUCAAGGUCAAGGAUGACCUUUCCCUCCCACCCACCAUCAACAGCCAUCCCUUCUCCUCCUUCAUCAAAUCACACUUCCAGAAGCCAGAUUUCCCUGUCCCUGGUCAGCCUCUGCAGCACCCCUUAACCCACCUGGAUGCUGAACACCAGGAGAGUGCACUUGAGAUAAACAAACUGAUUUUGCGCUUCAUCGGUGACCAGAGCCUCCAUGGCUGGCAGGAGGUCCUGCUGGGCAACUUCAUUGCUGGCAGAGGUUUGAGGGACGCUGCUCUGCGUGAUGAAAUCUUCAGCCAGGUGGUUGCCCAGAGCUGGAGGAACCCGGACGCGGAGCGCAGCCGGCGGGGCUGGCUCCUGAUGGCCACUCUGCUCAGCUGCUUCAGCCCCUCACCUGCACUGCAGAAACCUCUGCUGAAGUUUGUGUCAGACUAUGGCAUGGAGGGCUACAGCGCCGUGUGCCAGCGCAAGUUGCUGAGGGCGGCCCAGUGCACAGGGACAGGGCCUGCGCCCGCCCGGGCCUACCCUCCCACCCAGCUGGAGUGGACAGCAAACCAGAGGAGAGGGAAGAUGGUGCUGGAUGUUCACACCUUUAAUGAGGAGAAGUUCUCAGCUGAGGUGGAGUCCUGGACGACUGGGGAGCAGUAUGCAGCCUGGAUCCUGAGUGCAAGGGGCUGUGACAAGAACACUCGAGGGUGGUCUGUCUCCAUGUUCACUGGCAACACGUGGCAGGACCUGCUGGGCUGUGACUUUGUGCUGGACCUCAUUGGAGAGAUGGAGGACACCAGCAACUUCAUCAGCUCCUCCGGGGCCCCCACUGAGUACCCCAUCACCCCAGAAAGGGACAGGAGCAUCCUGCAGCCCCCUGACCUGGACAUGAUCCCUCCUGCCCCAGGUAUCCAGGCCCCUGCCUUCCCCCCACCCAGCCUCCCUCCAGAGCUUGUUGGUCUCCAUCCAGAUCCAAGGUUUAGAGAUGACCUGAGGGUCCCUGUGGGCUUGGAUCACUAUGUGGAUGAUCUCUUCAGCCCUGUGCUGCAUCAGAGCUCCAGAGCAUCUGAUAUGGAGAACAGUGAGAAUCUCACCAGACGCAUGAAAGGAGGUGGGAAGAUUGGCCCCACACAGAGAGGAAUCUUUCCUUCUACAGGCUUCUCUGGAAUGACCCAAACACCAGUUUACCAGCCCAUGCCCUCCAUGAUGGGGAUGCCAGCAGCCAUGCCCAUGAUGCCAGGGGUUGGUGGGGUUGCACCUAUGCCAGCCAUGGUGAUGCCCCAGCCCGUGGUUCCAGCUGUGGAUCCCAGCCAGCUGGCAGCACAGCAGCAAGCCUUUAUCAACCAGCAGGCCAUGCUCAUGGCCCAGCAGAUGACCCUUCAAGCCAUGACCAUUUCCCAGCAGCAGCAACAGCAGGAGCUGCAAAAGCAGCAGAAGUCCCUUGAGAACUCCAGGCCAAGAGUCUCCAGCCCAGCCCAAGCCUCAGCUCCAGCCACUCUCCCAAAACCCAAGAAGCCUCCCAGCAGCCAGGCUGCUGCAGCACCAUCAAGGUCUCCAGAGCCACCAGCUAAGGCCAAAGAGCUGGAUUAUGACUACGUGGAAGAGGAGUUCUCCAGCAGUGAGGAUGAUGAUUGUCCUCGGGAAACCUUCCAGCAAAAGAGAGAGUACUUCCAGAAGAUGGGAGAGCAGCACAUCCGAGUGAAGAAAGUCAGACCUAGCAAAACCUGGACUCCUCCAGCAAAACCCCAGCCAACAGAGGAGGAGGAGGAGGAAAAGAGAGAGGAGAUGGCUGUCACCCCAACAGCUCCUGCUUCCCCUAUUCCACCUCCUGAGCCAAAGCCAAAAAAGGAGACACCAAAACCAAAGAAGGAGCCGCCUGUAGUGAAGCCUUCAGGCCCUGAGAAGCGUCCUGCACCCAGCCAUGAGAUCGGGAACAUCAUCAAAAUGUACCAGAGCAGACCAGCCCCUGAGCCCCAGCCCAUCCAGCCCAGCAGGAAAGUAUCCAAGCCAUUUAUAAAGAAGAACGACCCCAAAAAUGAGGCUCUGGCCAAGCUGGGAAUGAUGAACCCCUCACCUCAGCGAUCACCAUCUCCUGUGCCACAGGAGAAGAAAAUACCUCCACCUGUCAAGCCCAAGCCAGGCCCAGCUUCCAGCUCUAUCAAGGAAAAGCAGCUGCCCCUCUUAUCCAUCUUCAAACCAGAGGGUGCCCCCCCAGCUGCCCAGGCCCCUUAUGCUCCCCCUCUUCCCCCAGCAACACCUGAGGACCAAGGCAGGCAGGAACCCCCAGGGAAGGACUCUGCUGUGACAGUGGCAGGUGAUGAUGGGAUCAAGACCCAGCUGUACAAGCUCACCACCAGCGUCAGCUUCUCCUAUAUCGACCCUGCCUGGAAAAUUUUUCUGCGCAAAGAGGUGUUUUACCCCAAAGAAAAUUUCAGCCACCCUUACUGUCUGAACUUGCUGUGUGAACAGAUCAUCCGUGACACCUUCUCCGAGUCCAGCUUUCGGAUCUCCAGGGAGGAGAAGCGCAAGAUGAAAGAUCUGCUGACGGAGUUCCGAGUUGGCAGCAAUGCCCAGUCCAUCCAGGAGGAGGGGAUAAAGAAGAGGAUUGUAGUGGCUGCUCGGGACAACUGGGCCAACUAUUUCUCCCGCCUUUUCCCAGUUCAGGGUGAGAAGGGAAGUGAUGUGCAGCUCCUGGGUGUUUCUCACCGGGGCAUGAGGCUGCUGAAGGUGGAGAAAGCAGCUGGAUACCAUCCUGAGCACCUCAAGAUCCUACGCAGCUACUGCUUUGCAGAGGUGCUGUCAGUGGAGAUGAAAGGCAGCAAUUCCCUGGAGUUCUCCCUGAAGACAGAGCAGCUCAUCCUGCACUCUCCAAAGGCUCCGUGCAUCAAGGACAUGGUGGAACUCUUCAUGCAGGAGCUGAGGCAGGACACCAACUAUGUGGUGGCUCUGCGCAGCUACAUCGUGGAUGACAAGAGCCUGCUCAGCUUCAACAAGGGCGACCUCAUCGAGCUGCUGCCCAUGCAGGGCGUGGAGCCAGGGUGGCAGUUUGGCUCCACGGGUGGCCGCUGUGGUCUCUUCCCCACCAGCCUGGUGCAGCUGGCUCCUGCCAUUGACUACCUCAGCAGCAGCAUGGACAGACGGGGGGAGCACAGGAAGGGCACCAGAGCUCCCCCAGAGAGCAGGAACACCAGCAGGGAGAGUUCUGUCCUCAGCCUGACACCAGAAGCCACCAGCACCAUGUUAGUGCCCGCUGGUGACCACUACACCAUGAUUGACUUUGCCACCGCCUACUUCCGAGAGGCUCAGUCUGUGCAGGGCCUGAAGGGGACAUCUGCUGAGAAGAAGAAUGUGGCUGAGCUGGUGAAGCACACCAAGGUCCCAAUCCAGGCGUCUCUGCUCCGCUACUCUGACAGCGAGCUGAACGAGCUGGCUACAAAGAACUUCCAGACGCUGAUGAGGUUCAUGGGAGAUCAGCCAAAACACAAGCACCAGGCUGAGGUCCAGUGCAUCUAUGAAAUCCUUCAGCUGUGCAAGGAGAAGGAGAAUUUGCACGAUGAGAUCUACUGCCAGGUCAUCAAACAGGUCACCCACAACCCUCAGCAGGAGAGCGAGCUGCGGGGCUGGUUGCUCCUAAAUCUGCUCACUGGGUACUUCCUGCCUUCCAAAAUCCUGAUGCCCUAUGCCACCAAGUUCCUGCAGCUGGCCAGCAGUGAUCCAUCCACCACCCACCAUGAUAUAGCCAAGAUCUGCCAGAGCAACCUGCGCAAAAACUUCCUGUACGGGGGCCGCCGGCACCUCCCCUUCCCUGUGGAGAUGGAGGCACUGCUGAAGGGACACGGCGCGCGCCGGCUGGUGGUGCUGAUGCCUGGAGGCCUGGAGUACCUCACCAGGAUCAGGACAUUCACUGUGGCCAAGGAGCUCUUGCAGGAGAUCUGUGAGCAGAUGGGAAUAGGUGAACAGCAAGAAACACAGGACUUUGUUCUCUUUGCUAUCAGGAGUGACGACAAAAAUCUCGGUAAAAUGGUGAGGCCAAUAAAACUGGAGGAGUAUCUUCAUGAUUACCUGCUGGAGGACAUGCUGGUCACUGUGACCUUACGCAGGCUCCUCUGGAGGACACCUCUGCACUUUGACAACCAAGUUUACACAGAUGUCCAUUAUGGACAGGUGCUGUGGGAUUACCUGAAUGGGAGGAUCCUGCUGAACCAGAAUAAAGAAAUGGAGAUGCAGGUGGGCCUUUUGGCAAUGCUCCAGCACUGGGCCAAAGUGGAGCAGCAGAACUCUGCUCCCUCCAGGGAAGAGCUGAAGGAAUACACUCCCAAGAGCCUGCAGGCCUCCAUCAGCCCCAAGGCUCUGCAGAGCCACGUGGCCACACUGCUGAGAACCAGGCAGCCCCUGCAGCCACAGGAGGCAAAAAUCCAGUUCAUAGAGCACGUGAUGAGAUUGCCUUUCUUUGGCUACUCCAUCUUCACAGUGGAGAGAAUCAGUGAUAACACUAUCCCUGUGCCCUGUUUCUUUGGUGUGAACAAGGAGGAGAUCAUUGUGGUGGAUGGCACCACCCAGGCCGUGUCCCGCGUGGUUGCCCUGAAGGAGCUGCAGAGGAUGCGCACGCUGAGGCCCCUCUCCGACGGGGGCCCUCCCGGCCUGGAGCUCCACUACGGCUCCCCCGACAGCCCCAGGGCCCUGUGGCUGGAACUGGCUCAGGCCAAAGAACUGUACCACACGAUUGUUGUCAUCCUGGAUAAAACAGAGCUGCACUCCUAG